AUGCGCACUUCUUCGUUGCCUCUAGAGGGCGGUCCUACCUCAACACCAACAGGACGGAUCAGCAAAGCGAAGAAGGGCAAGAGAGUGCACGCAUGCUCAUACGAAGCUGCGGAAAGAGCGGAGCAUAAACGAAGACAUGAGCUCAAUCAUAACCCAGAUGCAAUGUUUCAUUGCAAUCGCCCGGGCUGUCGCAAAGCAUUCCAUCGGUUAGAUCUGCUUCAGCGACACCAGGAGCGACAUGAACUAGAGCAUCAACUAGAAUCACAGACGGCUCAGAGCCAUCACAUCAACCCACUUCCAAGCCAAAACGAAAUGCCUUCAAGUAUGCCGCCGUCAAGUCUCGCAAGCCCGCAACCCGGUGCUGCUGGGCGUGCUUCUGCAGGCAUGUCCAUUGGCUCGCUAGUACAUCCCUCGAGUCAAGGCUAUGAUCGCAUGGGCACACCAGCGUUGUAUCCUUCCUUCAACCGACCUGCGGUUCCCUUUGUGAAUGGCUUUUCCACGUCUGACGAUUCCACGUUCUGGACUCCCGAAAGCAGUCAGUCCCCAGUCUCUGAUCAGUACGGAAGACACCAUCCACAUCGUGGAAGCAUUUCAUCCUCUUCUUCUGUCGCUUAUGACACUGUACAAACAUCUCCUAUGGUCAAUGGCGCCAAUAUUUGGGUGCCUUCCUCUGCCCCUCCAAACAUUCUGCCCAACAACAUGUUUGACGACCAGACAUAUAUGACCAGUCUUCAGUACCCAUACCCCUCACAAACCUGGAUGGAGACGAGUUCGAAUACAUACGACGAGAACUAUCCAAUGCUCCUGGGAUCAUAUCCACAAGUCCAGGAAGUGACCUACCAGGUGGUAUAA